AUGGCCGGCAGUGGGGAGCACGGUGGCGGCAACCCGCGCAAUCCCGCGGGCAGGGGAGAGCCAGCGGAACAGAGGCGGGCGGAAAACGGCUGCCACGCGGACGGGGAGUGCGCGCUUGGCGAGAGGGGGGAGGCAGCGGGGGCGACGGUCCAAGCGGGCAGCGCGCAUGCCGAUCGGCAGCGCGGAGAGGAGCCGGCGGCAGCAAGCAGCGAUGCGGCAAACGGGUGGCUUGUGCUUGACGGCGAGCGGAAAGCGGCAGGGUCGAGCGGGGUCGCGGAGGCGGGUCGGCAUCGCAGCAGCAGCCUCGGCGAUUCCCCGCAGCAGGUAGACGACGAGUACGCGGAGCCGUAUCAAUUCGCGCAGUCGCUCGUGUCGCUGUCGCACAACCCCGACUCGCCCGUCAUCAGCAACUGCGCCACGUGCGGCCGCCACGGACCGCCUGGCUCGUGCGCAUGUGCGCCGCUGACUCCGCUUCGACAGCGCGGCGCAGCAGCGGCGGGAUCGGGCGGACGUGACUAUAGCGACGUGCCGCAAUUGAAGUCACGGGGUACCGCGGACGUGCAAGUGGCGCAGAGUGCGCGCAUACGGGUGACAACUGCGGUGGCAGCAGGGGGCGAGGCGGUACAGGAGAGAGGCGAGAAGCGCAUGGCGCAACAGCAGCAGCAGCAGCAGCGCGCGCUGAGAUUCGCGUCCAGCGUGGACGUGCGGAGGAUCGCCGCGGCGGGCGGCAGCAGCGACAAGCUGGCGAACGGCGCGCGCGCGGAGGGCGGGGAGAGUAGGGCGCAGCAGCAGGUGGCGCAGAAGGCGUGGGCGGAGGGGUUCGACGCGAUCGAGCGCGGGCUGGUGGCGGCGGUGAAGGGGUUCGCCAUCGGCGCGGGGCUGCGCGGCGGACUGUCGCUCUUCAGCCUGCUGGGGCGACUCAGACGCCGGCGCGCGCGCAUUGCCUCGGGCGACAAGGACGCAGCAGCGGCGGCGGGCGUGUGGGAGGGCGUGGUGGGGGUGGUGCGCGAGGGCGUGCGGUACGGCAUGUUCGUGGGCACGUUCGCCGGCUCCUACUGCGUGCUGGACGAGGGCAUUGCGGCCGUGGGCGGACACGACAAGUACGUGCAUGUGCCUGGAGCGCAUGCGUGCAUGCACGCACUCCUUGCCCUACAUCCAUCACAUCAACCGCGACGCACAAUCACUCCCGUUCACUCCAUACUCUCCGUCCCAUAUGCCCUUGCCUUGCCUCAUCGUGUCACUCCACAUGGCCCCCCUCCCCUUCGCCUCUCCAUUCCACCCCUGCUUUCUCCCCGCUCGCCCGCCCUCUCCCACACAAUCGCCCUGCCCGCGCACACCUGCCUGAGCAGAACGCGCAGGUGGCGGGCGCUGCUGGCAGGGGCAGCAGCAGCGCCGUCGCUCCUGCUAGCGGGGCCCAACACGCGGCACACGAGUCUGGCGCUCUACGUGCUGCUGCGCGCCGUGGUGCUGGCGGUGCGGUGCGGCAUCAAGAGCCCCUCCUGGGGCUGGCUCUUCCGCCCGCUCACCUGGCGCCAUGGCGACACGCUGCUCAUGUGCAUCUCCGCCGCCCAGAUCCUGUCAGUCUCUCCCCUCUCUUCCCUCUGCCCGCCCUCCCCCCCGCCUCACGUCCCCCUGCCCUUUCUCCCCUGUCCGCCCGCUCACCUGGCGCCAUGGCGACACACUGCUCAUGUGCAUCUCCUCCGCUUAUCAGAUCCUGUCAGUCCCGCCACUCCCUCCCCCUCUGCCCUCAAUUCGUUCUGUCCUCACUUCCCCUGCUUUCUUUUUCCUCUGCCUUCCCUUCCCUCUACCCUCCGUCCCCCUCUGCCCUCCCUCCCCUCUACCCUCCCUCCCCUCUCCCCUCCCUCCCCUCUGCUCUCCCUCCCCUCUACCCUCCCUCCCCUCGCCUUCCCUCCCCUCCGCCUUCCCUCCCCUCCGCCUUCCCUCCCCUCCGCCCUCCCUCCCCUCUGCCCUCCCUCCCCUCUACCCUCCCUCCCCUCUACCCUCCCUCACCCUCUACCCUCCCUCCCCUCUGCCCUCCCUCCCCUCUACCCUCCCUCCCCUCUGCCCUCCCUCCCCUCUGCCCUCCCUCCCCUCUGCCCUCCCUCCCCUCUGCCCUCCCUCCCCUCUACCCUCCCUCCCCUCUACCCUCCCUCACCCUCUACCCUCCCUCCCCUCUGCCCUCCCUCCCCUCUACCUUCCCGCUCCCUCUACCCUCCCUCUCCCUCUGUCGUCUCUGCUGCUCUGUCCGUCCCCAGCCACACAGCCUGCCGGCCAGCCCCCCCACCCUCUCCCACUCCCUUCGUCCCAUGCAACCCCUCUCCCCCGUCUCCUCCGUCUCCCCCCUAUCUCCCCUCUCCCCAUUGUCCCCUGUCUCCCCGGUCUCCCCCGUCUCCCCCGUUGUCCCCACCUCCCCUCCCCGUGCGUCCCACUCCCCCCAGCUCCGAGUGGAUGCUGGAGCUGCACAGCCUACCAGCCAGCCUUCCCACCCUCUCCCUCUCCCUCUCCCUCUCCCUCUCCCUCUCCCUCUCCCUCUCCCUCUCCCUCUCCCUCUCCCUCUCCCUCUCCCUCUCCCUUCUUCUCAUGCUACCCCUCUCGCCCCCCAGCUCCGCGUGGAUGCUGGAGCCGCACAGCCUACCAGCAACAUACGUGUCGUUCCUGAACAAGCACGGCGGCAAGCCGCCCUGCGUGUACCAGGCCAUGAGCCAGAUGGCGCUGCACAGACGCGUCACCCCUGCCUGCA